AUGCACAGAGAGAAGACACAAUUCCCACUCAUGAGAUGUGGACUAACAGAAGAAAAACUAGCACGACAACUGAAGCUCCAAAGGCGUGAUAAUUCCAUUCUGAGGCAAAGUGGUUAUGAAGGCUGGUGGACUCACACAUGGUAUCUUGAAACAGUUUUGAUUAUAGACUAUCAGCGAUUCCUUUAUAAGCAAAGUAAUGUUUCAUUUGUUAUACAAGAAGUAUUUUUGCUUGUCAAUAACAUACAUUCCCUGUUAAGUCCAUUGGGUGUUGAUUUGAUUUUACUUGGAAUUGAAGUCUGGAAUGAAAAGAACUUUUUUGAAGUGAGUAACAACAUAUUUGGAACCCUGUAUGAGUUUUGCAAUUGGAAGAGAGACAACCUAGAUUCUCGCAUAAAACAUGAUCUUGCACAUUUUUUGGUAAAACAAAAUUUUGGUAUGUAUUUUGGCUUAGCCUAUGCUUCAACAGUAUGCAUACCUGGUUUGGAAUGUGGAGUGGAUAGUUUCCCGGAUGAUGACCUGUAUGAAGUCUCACUUACCAUAGCACAUGAGAUGGGUCAUAAUCUGGGUAUGUACCAUGAUGUAUGGAUAUGUCAAUGUGGGCAACGCCAUUGUAUAAUGUCUGAAGAACGAUCAGAUGGCACAAGAUUCAGCAACUGCAGUUAUGCUCAAAUGUGGGAAAACUUUAAAUAUAUGAACUGUAUGCUCAACGCACCAAAACAAGAGGACAUCUUCAGGGGAACUGCCUGUGGGAAUGGUGUGGUUGAAGAAGGAGAGGAGUGUGACUGUGGAUCCCCAACUUUGUGUUCAAACCAUCCAUGUUGUUCGGAAAACUGCACUCUGAAAUUUGGAGCUGAAUGUGCUUCUGGGCUUUGUUGCGAAGACUGCCUUCUCUUGCCACCAGGUAAAGUGUGUAGAGAAAAUGUCAGUGAGUGUGAUCUUCCAGAGUGGUGCAAUGGCACCUCACCUGAGUGUCCAGAAGAUGUGUAUGUGCGGGAUGGGGUUCGUUGCAUGGACAGUGGCUACUGCCAUGAGAAGAGAUGCAAUGCACGUGAUGAACAGUGUAGACAGAUCUUUGGCAAAGAAUCCAGGAGUGCACAGGAGAGUUGCUACACAGAAAUGAACAGCCGAGGUGACCGCUUUGGUAACUGUGGUCUCGUUGGUGAAAACUAUGUGAGGUGUAAUAAAUCAGAUUUCCUCUGUGGAAGAGUUCAGUGUGAGAAUGUGAAAGAAAUUCCCUUUUUGAGAAGUCAUACUACUGUGCAUUGGAUGGACUUCAAUGGUGUGACCUGCUGGGGUACCGACUAUCAUUUUGGGAUGACAGUACCAGAUAUUGGUGAUGUGAAAGAUGGCACAGAGUGUGGUGAUGGACAAGUGUGCAUACACCGGAAAUGUGUCUCUAUGUCAUUGUGGGCAAGUGAUUGUUCACCAGAGACCUGUGCUAUGAAAGGGAUCUGCAACAACAAACAUCACUGCCAUUGUGACCCUAACUGGGAGCCCUCAAACUGCACAGAAGAAGGCUAUGGAGGGAGUGUUGACAGUGGUCCACCCCCUGCAAAAGAAGUGCAAGAAUGGAGGCUUAAGAAAAAAGAGGAAAAUGUGCAGCCUUCACCUAAGAAGGAACAGUUGGGUGCUCAAACUUCACCUGAGAUGAAAGAGUUGGGUGAUCAAACUCCAACUGAUAUGGAACAGUUGGACAAUAAAAUUUCACCUGAGAAUGAAGAAUUGGAUGAUCAAUCUUCACCUGAGCUGCAACAGCUGAGGGCUUCAACUUCAACUUUACCUGAGGCAGAGGAGCUCAAUGUUUAA